AUGGACAGCAGGGCGUGGGGCGCCUGCGUGCUCUGCUUGCUGAGCUUGCUACCAAUCGUAUCAAACCACGUGCACCCAGAGUGCGACUUCAUCGGCAGGCUGAGAGAGGACGAGAGUGCGUGUCUCCAGGCAGCGGAGGGGAUGCGCAACGCCACCCUGGGCUGCCCUACGACCUGGGAUGGGCUGCUGUGCUGGCCCAUGGCGGGCUCUGGCGAGUGGGUGACUCUCCCCUGCCCAGAUAUCUUCUCUCACUUCAGUGCUGAGCCAGGGGCAGUGAAGAGGGACUGUACCACCACGGGCUGGUCCGAGCCCUUCCCUCCGUACCCCGUGGCCUGCCCGGUGCCCCUGGAGCUGCUGACCGAGGAGAGAUCUUACUUCUCCACGGUGAAGGUCAUCUACACCCUGGGACACAGCGUCUCUAGCGUGGCUCUCUUGGUGGCCAUCGCCAUCCUGGUCACUCUCAGGAGGCUCCACUGCCCCCGGAACUACAUCCACACCCAGCUGUUCACCACCUUUAUCCUCAAGGCGGGAGCCGUGUUCCUGAAGGACGCCUCCCUCUUCCACAGCGAGAGCGUGGACCACUGCAGCUACUCCACUGUCCUGUGCAAGGUCUCUGUGGCCACCUCCCAUUUUGCCACCAUGACCAACUUCAGCUGGCUGUUGGCAGAAGCCGUCUACCUGACCUGCCUCUUGGCCUCCACGUCGCCCGGCCCCAGGACAGCCUUCUGGUGGCUGGUUCUUGCUGGCUGGGGGCUUCCCCUGCUCUUCACUGCCACGUGGGUGGGUUGCAAGCUGGCCUUCGAGGAUGUUGCGUGCUGGGACCUGGACAACAACUCCCCCUACUGGUGGAUCAUCAAAGGGCCCAUCGUCCUCUCCGUUGGGGUGAACUUUGUGCUUUUUCUCAAUAUUAUUCGCAUCCUGCUGAGGAAGCUGGAGCCAGCUCAGGGCAGCCUCCACGCCCAGUCUCAGUACUGGCGUCUCUCCAAGUCAACGCUUCUCCUCAUCCCGCUGUUCGGAAUUCACUACAUCAUCUUCAACUUCCUGCCUGACAGUGCUGGCCUGGGCAUCCGCCUGCCCCUGGAGCUGGGACUGGGCUCCUUUCAGGGCUUCAUUGUUGCCAUCCUGUAUUGCUUCCUCAACCAAGAGGUGAGGACGGAGAUCUCACGGAGAUGGCAUGGCCACAACCCUGAGCUCCUGCCAGCCCGGAGGACCCCUGCCCGGUGGACGCUGCCUUUCCGCUCGGGGACGAAGGUGCUGACGUCUGUGUGCUAG